GCGCGGCAGCCGGAAGUGCGUGGCCGCCGGGGCCAUGGCGGCGCUCAGCGUCGUCUGCCUGCUGCUGGCAGCGGCAUCCUGGCGGCCGGUGUCGGCUACAGGAGAAGAAUUCUGGCCUGGCCAGUCGGCGGCGGACAUCCUGUCGGGGGUGGCAUCCCGCAGACGGUACCUUCUGUAUGAUGUCAACCCCCCAGAAGGCUUCAAUCUCCGCAGGGAUGUCUAUAUCCGGGUGGCAUCCUUGCUGAAGACCCUGCUGAAGACUGAGGAGUGGGUGCUUGUCCUGCCCCCGUGGGGCCGCCUCUACCACUGGCAAAGCCCUGACAUCCACCAGGUCCGGAUUCCCUGGUCCGAGUUUUUUGACCUUCCGAGUCUCAAUAAAAACAUCCCGGUUAUAGAGUAUGAGCAGUUCAUUGCAGAGUCCGGCGGGCCGUUUAUCGACCAGGUGUACGUCCUACAAGGUUACGCCGAGGGCUGGAAGGAGGGCACCUGGGAGGAAAAGGUGGACGAACGGCCCUGCAUAGACCCUCUGCUGUACUCACAAGACAAGCAUGAAUAUUACAGAGGCUGGUUUUGGGGCUACGAAGAAACACGGGGUCUGAAUGUCUCCUGCCUGUCCGUCCAGGGGUCAGCUUCCAUUGUGGCGCCUGUCCUCUUAAAAAACACAUCUGCUCGGUCUGUGAUGCUGGACCGAGCUGAGAACCUGCUUCACGAUCACUAUGGGGGCCGGGAAUACUGGGAUACCCGGCGCAGCAUGGUGUUCGCCAAGCACUUGCGGGCCGUGGGCGACGAGUUCCGGAGCCAGCACCUCAACUCCACGGACGCCGCCGAUAAAAUGGCCCUGGAGGAAGACUGGACGAGGAUGAAGGUCAAACUGGGCUCAGCACUAGGCGGGCCCUACCUUGGCGUCCACCUGAGAAGGAAGGACUUCAUCUGGGGCCACAGGGAGGAUGUGCCCAGCCUGGAGGGCGCUGUGAAGAAGAUCCGGAGCCUCAUGAAGACCCACCAGCUGGACAAGGUGUUCGUGGCCACGGACGCCGUCAGGAAGGAACAGGAAGAACUGAGGAAGCUGCUGCCGGAAAUGGUGAGGUUUGAGCCCACGUGGGAGGAGCUGGAGCUGUACAAGGACGGGGGCGUCGCCAUCAUCGACCAGUGGAUCUGCGCUCAUGCCAGGUUUUUUAUUGGCACCUCCGUUUCCACAUUUUCCUUUCGGAUCCACGAAGAGAGAGAGAUCUUGGGGUUGGACCCCAAGACCACAUACAACCGGUUUUGUGGAGACCAGGAGAAAGCGUGCGAGCAGCCCACGCACUGGAAGAUCGCAUACUGAGGGCCAUCUAGCCACCACCUGCCAGUCACUCGGUCACAGGGUCCCCGAGGAGGCCUCCACUUGGGAGGCAACACACCUAAAGCCCGAGCCCCCUUGUGAACACGGGCUGACAUCUACCUGCAUCUAGGCUCUGCCACCUUCAGGAAUCACAACCGUGUCUUCUCUCAGGACCUGAGAACCCAUGUCUCCAUCGCAGAUGCCACCUGUGCGCUCGUCCAGAAAUGCGAGAACAUCUGUGAGCUCUAACACAGGCCUCUCGGCCACCUUCCUGAGCAAGUUGAGAACGGCCCGUGUGUGGCAGCGCCCUCAGGCGUGCAGGCAGGCCCCCGAGGUGUUGGGGUGACUACUGAGAUCACUUCACACCUGGCCCGUGCGAGCAAACACCAGGUUUUGCCUCAGCCCCCACCUGUGUGGUGACCCCACUAAUUUCCUCCUGGAGUGAAUGGCUCAGGCACUGUUGUCAUCAGAGCGCAGGGAACCAUAGGACAGCCCUCGAGCCUCGCCAGGGACUCCCUCACCUCACAUGGACGGAACCCCACCCCCCCAUUGCACACGCUGAGAAGUAGAGAAGCAACAGAAACGGCCUUCAAAAGGCCAUGCCUGAGACACGCCCCUGCUUUAUGAAACCCUGUUCUGGGCCUCACCCUCCACCAGAGGAGGCAGAGGCGGCACAGCCUUGGCCAGGGCACCCCCAGGUCCGUCACCUGGUACUUACCAGUACCCCCCCUUCCCACACCACCCAGUGCUGUGCACUGAGCAGCCCCCACGCAGCUACUGCCCGGUCUCCGUCCCAAGCACCAAGGUAGACCCUGAGCACAGACAGGGCCUGUGGCCCACUCCGCCGACCAGGUAGAAUCAUGUAUUUAUUUUCCAUUUGUACAUUCAAGCGUAUUAAUAAAAUACUUUUUCAAGAAA